AUGAGUGACAUUGAUGGUGCUUUGAAGAUGAACAUUCACUAUGGCGGUUCUAUGUCAUACGAAAAAGAGAAGUUCUCUUACAGUGGCGGAGUUAGUGUUAGAGAUUUGUUUGUCGACCCGGAUCUCUUGACAUGGUCAGUUUUCGAAGAGUUCAUAUCAGACAGAGGAAUCAAAAGUAAGGUAGAGCAGGUUUGGUAUAAGGCAGUGAAAGAAGAUAUCUCUUUGGCUAGAUCGAUAUACAAAGACAAAGAUGCCGAGAUUAGGAAGUUGUGUAAAGAAACUGAAGCUGGUGGUGAAGUUGAUUUGUACAUUGUCUAUGGUCAGAAUGUGGAUGAAGAGAAGAGUGAAGAUGAAGAGAAGAGUGAGGAUGAGAAGAGUGACGAUGAAAAUAGAGAGGAGAUCAGUGAUGAAGAAGAAAUGAAUGAGAAUGAAAUUAGAGAAGAACAGGAAAAAGCUGCAAAUGGUCAUCAGUCGGAGGAUGAAGAAAAUAUUUUGGGUCAAGGAGCUGAAGAUGUUCGAUUCCAAAAUCUGUUUUCACAGGCUGCACAGACCGAGUGUACACAACCAAACCUUGCUCCUGCUGAAGAAAGUGAAAUGAGAAGCCUGUUAGAGGAGAUGAGUAUCCUGAUUCUCCAGUUGAUACAGAUGAAGAAUGGGCAAAUUUUCACAAAGAAGAAAGAAAAACAAGAAGAAAAAAGAACGCAACCUCACAGAGAAGCCGUGCAGACUAUGAUAAGCCUCCAUAUCUGUGGCUAA